GCACACACUUUCUUCUCGGGCCUCAGUCGAGCGAGGUUGCCCCUCUCGAUCUGACGUGGUUCCCUACGUGCGUGCGUUCGUUGAGUGCCUCGCUUUGGUCACUUCGCCGAGCGUGCUUUGCCUCGGCCGUCGCCGGGCCCCAUCCACGACCUCCGAGCUUCGCCACCCUACACUUGGUUUUCGGGAACGUACGAACCAGGCCCACCACCGACGCCCCGUGUCCGAACUUCUGGAUGGAGAGCUGUUACGGAUUGAGAGAGUGAAUACGCCGUGCCGCCGUUACGUGUCACCGGGUGACGGGUGGAACACUUGGUGGCGGAGAGAGGCGCGCCCCAUCGCGCGUCGGUUUGUGUGUGUGUGCGCGCGUGUGUGUAACGACCCGGCGGCGAGACGUCUAAACCCGGCUGUCUGCUUUGGCGUGUUAAGCCUAAGGCAGGGUUGGGUGGCCCCGGGCUGGCAACUGUCAAGUUGCUGGGAUCUGGAAGAUGGAUUUAGAAUUCUACGCUGACUUCAGCGCCGUGGGUCACUACUCAGCCCAGACUUGCCUCAAAAACAUGUCGGCGAGAAAGAACAAGGUGCCUAAACAAAUCAAGUUCCAGCUGGACCUUCCCACUCGAGGCGACCUGAUGGGUGGCGAACCCGGCGGCGGGACCCUGAUCGCGCCCGAGAACAUCAAGCGCGAGCUGCCUGACGACCUUCCACCGUCGUCGGGCCCACGCUCCCUGGGCUCCAUGCAGAAGGUGCCCUCACUCUCCGACCUGUCCGAAGAGAGCUCUCUCGAACUUCCAACUCAAGUGCCUCCUCUUACUCCUGGGACCAACCAAAAGAUGACGCAAGCCUUAACUGCUAGCUUCAGCAGUUGGGAAAAGGAACGAGAGUCGCUGAACAUCGUCAAGGACCCUCGGCAGUGGUCGGAGAUGGACGUGGCGAACUGGCUGAGCUGGGCGAUUCGCGAGUUCAGCCUGGAAGGCGUCAACAUGCCCACCUUUGCCAUGAAGGGCAAGGACAUGUGUGCACUCGGCAAGGAUGCCUUCCUCGCAAGGUUUCCGCCCUUCAUGGGCGACAUCCUCUGGGAGCACCUGGACAUUCUCGAAAAAGACGUGGAAAAGGAGUGCGCCUCCCUGGAGAACGUGCCCUCCAACCUGUACGAGUCUGUGUGCGUCCCAGGUCUGGACGAGUUCUUUCAGCAGGGGGGAAGCUUUCCGAUGCCGGAGCAAAAAGUCACGCCUGUCAUGAAUGGAGCCGCAGCGCCCACUUCGCAAGCCUACAUCGACGGAGGCUACAACCACAUAAGCGAGAGCCUUCACACGUUGAACGACAUGAACCAGGAGGAGAUGGCGCUUGGUGGCCACAAUUCCUAUGACGAGUCCCAGGAGUACGGGCUCGAGACACCUCAGUCGCACCCACCCUACUUGGACUCAAGUCCGGAGUUCUACCCUUCUACGUCCGCUGUUGUGCACGAAUCAAAGUUCCAGCCCGCAUACACGACAAGCAAGGAGUUUUCCAGGCCGAGGUAUUCUCAUCAUGACAUGGGCCUCCCCGAGCGCUAUCCGGGUGCCCAUCACUACGAGCCACCCUUCCAGACGGUGCCCACGGCCGUUCAAAGCGCUGCUGACCACUGGGCAGCGGCCGCCGCGGCCCACCAGAAUGGCGUGGCAGCUGCCGCCGCAGCCGCAGCCGCAGCCAACGGCGGUGUGCCACCGCCGCACCACCAUCACCACCCAUCGUCAUUUGGACCUUUGCACGGGCUUCGCGUCGACGGUCCUCUGGCCCACCUGAGCCCUGGUGCGUUGCAGCGAUCGCACCUCGGCGCCGGCGGCGACAGCAAGCCUGUCAUCCAAGCGGCCGUUUUAGCAGGUUAUUCUGGAAGUGGACCAAUCCAGCUUUGGCAGUUCCUACUUGAGCUCCUCACCGACAAGUCCUGCCAAGGGUUCAUCAGCUGGACAGGUGAUGGCUGGGAGUUCAAGCUUACUGACCCAGAUGAAGUGGCCCGGCGUUGGGGUGUCAGAAAAAACAAGCCGAAAAUGAACUAUGAGAAGCUUAGCCGAGGUCUACGCUACUACUAUGACAAGAACAUCAUUCACAAAACUGCUGGAAAGCGCUAUGUGUACCGCUUUGUGUGUGACCUGCAGACGCUGUUGGGCUACACGCCUGAAGAACUGCAUGCUAUGGUCGAGCUGAAGCCAGAGAAGAAAGAUGAAGACUGAGACGAUCAGCUUUCAUGCAGGAUUUUGUUUCUUUAAGUGACUUUCACACAAUCUGAGUUCAUCAUCAGAGGUGUUGGUGAUGCAGGUUCUACAGCACGGACUCACUGGACGGAUUCCUGCUCAACCAGUGUGGGAGUGUGUGUGUGUGUGUGUCUCCUGACGUAUGCUAUGAGAUAAGAGACUCUUUAUGAAAGCACAAACAUUUUAAUAAAGAUAAAAAGUGUUUCAAGGAGCCUUUUCUUAGACGUAAUGAAGCAUAAGAAUCGCUGGCAGUCUUCAUACCCCGCCGCCUGCAAUACCGAGGUUACCUUUGUCUCAUAUGGAGUUGAAGCCUUAACCUUGCUCAAGCAAUUCAUAUUUCCAUCAAAUCUUCUUCCUGCCCAAGUGAGGCAGGCGGACGGCACUUCCCAGCUGUCGACUUCAGUAGUUCAUGUAUUUUUGUUUGUGUGUUGAAAGUUGAACGUAUUGCUGAUAUGUUAAUACAUUUUCAAAGAAAUUGUCUUAGCACUUCACAUUUCAACAUGCACCAAAGCGGUGUACUAUGCAAUCAAUGUUGAUGAGUGAAAUGACAGUUGCUUUUUGCAGUUAUAUUGUGCCCAGAGACGAACGUAUUCCCAAUGUUCUGCAAAGUCAAAUCUUUACAACAUGUUCUAUUCUUCAAUUUUAUGUCUUUAUUUGCUUAAUGUGCUUCAUGUAGUGUAUGCACAAUACUUCUGGCUAUAGUUUUCUACCCAAAUAACAAAAUUAUGUGAAUACAAAUGGCUUUGAAUAAUUUGCAGAGAGGUGUAUCAACGGUGGGCUGCACUUCGAGAAGUUGAAGUUCUUUCUGGCAUUAAGCUGUUUCUUUUAUUUACCAUGACAGUUUUCUAAAGUGAAAAAAAAACAAACCGAUAUCUAGCGACGUUGCUGAUUCACUGUGGCAGCUGUAAUCUCUGAAACCAUAGUGCAUACAAUCAAUUACGUUGUUUUGUUAAUUUCAGCUAACAAUUUCUUUAUAAAUAGUUAGCUGAAAACAGCCAAUUUUUCAAAACAAAUGUUACCGUAGUCACUUAUUCUAAUGAGCCAUCAUUUUUAUUGUCUCAGUGUUUCUCUGGUAAAAGUUACAUCAUGCACAUGAUUCUUUCAUGUUGAAGCGCCUCCUAAAAAAAGCUCAUUAUAUUUGUCGUGAGCAAGAACUAUUAGCUAAGAUCAACAUUGCCAAGUACCUUUUUCAUCUUUUAUCUUUGUUUUAUUGUGUGUUAGUCACGAAACGUUAUUAUAGUCAUAAACAGGAUGUGCUUUUUUUCUUUUUUUUUCUUGUUGAAACUACAAAGCAAGAAAGAUACAGCAAAAAGCCAAAGUAGUUCACUGUCUCAUCUGUUUGCUCUUGGCAGUUGUCUGUUUUGUUGCACAUGACAUUAGCAUUUUGUCAUUUGUUUUUUUUGUGCUUGUAACUCUGAAUACCUGCCUGUUGGUGACAGCAGUUGCCGUUUGCGUUGUCAUGCUGCACAUCAUUUUUCAACUUGCUUAGACUUGUAAAUAAAUACAUGUAUAUUACAAGCAUGAAAUUUUACUUCAUGAACGUAUUUUAUUAGUAACAGCUUGAUACAUUGUGCGGCAUUUGUGAGACAUGAGGAAUAAUUAUACAUAAGAUGACUUUAGGACAGAAGAUAUAUAAGAAUUGUGCAUUUUUCUGUGUGCAGAUGAACUGCCCAGAAAAAUAGUGGAUGUGCAUUUGCUAUUGCUAUGGUUUUUGUUGUUCAUGUGAUGUGAAUGGCUCCCCCUUGAUGUAUCCAACAGCGAAAGACAAGCAUCUACAGUGUUUCUUUUUCGCCUUAUAAAUGGUGUCCCCAUACAUAACACAUGUUGAAACCAGUUUUUCUCCCUUGAAGUAAUUUAUACUUGAUUAAACAAUGUGGAUGCUUCUCUUCAAAGGAAGUGUACAAAAAGUAUUAGGAAUGUGUGCCGCCAGUAUUUUGUCAUACGCGAACGUUGUGGAAGCCGUGCCUUAAUUUGUUUGUCUUCCAAAGAAGAUUUACAUAUAUUUAUACAAAGCAAAAUUUUUAUAUGUUUGUGCGGCACGUUCCAAGUUGGAAGUGCAAUGCAUGAACGGGCAUGUUUCCCUUUUCUACUUCAUGCCUUUUUUUCUUUAAUGUUCUCGCAUCUUUUAUGUGUCACCCAUUUAACGCUGUGCGCCAGCCUUUGUAAAUUAUUUCCAGAGGUCUCUAUGCUUUUGUCUCGGCAUGAAGAGAUGAUCUUUAUUACUAUAUCUUUCUUCACUCUACCUUUGUUCUUGUCAUUUUUUCUUUUUUGUUCAAAAAACGUCUGAAGUGCAAGAUCUCAAUAAAGAAGAAAGCAUUACAAACUGCCCCACUUGAAGGAUCACUCCGAUGGGGACAUAGUGACAUCUUGUGAUCUGCUAUCUUCACAUAUAUUUUUUGCAGACUUGUUUGUAAUGUGAUUCAUUGUUCUCUUGUUUGCUUUAUUUCAAAUGCAAUGUGCGACUUCUGUGGUCUACAGGAAAUAAAAUGCACAGACGAUUUUGAA